CCACGCUAUUUUUUGCUUCGUUCAUUUUUUUCUCAAAAGCUCAAAACCUCCGCCCACUUCUCAAAAGCUCAAAACCUCCAUCACGCUCAAAACCUCUGCCGCGCUAAAAAACUCAAGUAAUGGCAAAGGCAUCUCAAUCACUCACUCUCGCAUAGUAAUCGACAAGUAUCUUCAAUUAAAAUAUGCCAAGGUUCAAGCGUUUGCUGAAAAAGCAAAAUUCAGAUCAGUCACAAGAUUCAGAACAAAAUAUCAAGAAACUCAAAGUGAAAGUUAACGAAGUGCUAAAUUUAACGUGUGAAGAACGUAUUGUGGUUGAUUUUGAUUACCUGGAUGAACCAUUUGGAGAUGCACGCGGCCUUCUUUCAGGUUUUUGUGGAAUUUUAGCAUGUGACUGCGCUUUAUUUCCUAUCCACUGUGAGAAAUGGUUGAGUUUACCUAUCUCAUACUUCAAUCGCGUCUUCGAUCAAAUUAUAAAGGAUCAUUGGAUUUCUUUUGUUGAUUACCAAUAUAAAGAUUCAACAAAGAUGGCUCAGACUGGACAAAUGCCUGGACGAGCACAAAUAUACAUUGCUACUCAUAAGAAUGAAGAUGGAGUAUAUGUUAAUGAAGAAGCAAAAGAAAUAUGCGAAAAAAUUGAGUUAGCUUUGAGCCAAAGCAACAUAGACGAGUCUCAAAUUUUGCCAAAUGAUGCCAUUGGUAAGGUGCUAGGAAAAGAGCACUCUGGAAGGGUGAGGUGUUUGGGAUUAGGCCUUGUCCCUAGUAGAAUUUUUAAACAAGUUAGACCUCGUUUUGGUGGUAUAAGUUCUUCAAGUACUAAAGGUUCAUGUUCGUCCCAAUGUCAACAUAACCAUAAUCAAAUGAUGAAUGCUCACAAUCAAAUGAUGAACGCUUUCAAGGCAUAUAUGAUAAUGAAAGAAGGGACUAUACCAGAACAGUUUGUGGGGUUCUUUGUUUCUCCUUCGACAGUUUCUCCUACAACGUCAAGUGAUGUGGACAGUGGACCCCUUUCGCCAAUGGACGCAAGAAGAUCAUGCGGUGAUAGUAAUUCUAGUGGCAACCGUUAAUUUCAUUGUAAUGGUGUUAGAUAAUUAAUUGUGGCGAUAUAAUUGUAUGGUUGAAGCGGAUGUUAGAAUGUUGGAGUG